UUUUCUUGGCAUACAAGCACGCACUAUUUUCUCCUCCAAUCUCCAAAUUCCAACCCCUAAAAUUGAAGCCCCCGUUAUUUUUUAAUCCUUCUCUCUUCUCGAUCUCUCAAAAACCCUAAAAAUCUAAACUAAUCGGGAAAUGGGGAACCAAGAUCUGGUCGAUGUUCGAGCAUCAAAGGGAGGAUUCAGCUUCGAUCUGUGCGUGAGAAAUGAGAUGCUGAUUAAGAAAGGGAUGCAGCCUCCAACCUUCAGAAAGACUGGGACCACCAUCGUCGGUCUCAUAUUCAAGGAUGGAGUUAUUCUUGGAGCAGAUACUAGGGCCACAGAAGGACCUAUAGUUGCUGAUAAGAAUUGUGAGAAGAUCCAUUAUAUGGCUCCUAACAUUUACUGUUGUGGAGCAGGAACAGCUGCCGAUACAGAGGCUGUAACAGAUAUGGUCAGUUCUCAGCUGCAGCUGCAUCGCUAUGCAACUGGACGAGAAUCAAGGGUUGUUACUGCUCUUACCCUCUUAAAGUCGCAUCUUUUCAGCUAUCAAGGUCAUGUCAGUGCUGCCCUGGUCCUUGGAGGAGUUGAUGUCACUGGACCACAUUUGCACACUGUAUAUCCUCACGGUUCCACUGACACUCUUCCAUUUGCGACAAUGGGAUCAGGUUCACUUGCUGCUAUGGCUAUUUUUGAAUCAAAAUUCAGAGAAGGCUUAGAAAGAGAUGAGGGAAUACAACUUGUAUGUGAGGCAAUAUGCUCUGGCAUCUUCAAUGACUUGGGAAGUGGAAGCAAUGUUGAUGUUUGUGUAAUCACCAAGGGUAAGACGGAGUAUUUGAGAAACCAUCAAUUGCCAAAUCCAAGGACCUAUGUUAGUUCCAGAGGCUAUUCGUUUGCCAAGGGGCAUACUGAGGUCUUGUCAACUAAGAUCACUCCAUUGAAGAAGAAAGUGGAAGUAGCUGAGGGCGAUGCAAUGGAAGAGUGAGCACUGCCUGGUCAGUGGUUUAUUGAAUCUGAAGAUUCGAAAGUGGAGAUUGUGUUAAUGGUUAAGCUGCCAUUUCUUUGUGCUAAGAUCAGAGAACAUCUUUUAUAUCAGACCAUUGAACUCAUUUCCAGCUGGUUUUUUUCUUUGAUUUGAAACAUUUGCUCUUUGGAUCAAACCAUAUCAUAACCUGUAUGAAUUGAUAGGCUGUAAGUUGUGUAGCAGGGACAGUACAGUGCUUCUAGUUGCUGUGUUCUUGCUGCUUGCUAGAUUUUGCUGUUUUCACACAUUUUAAUGGGGCAUGUUGUAAUAUCCCUUAUUUCUCUG